CCUUCAGUGCCCCGCCUGCCCGCAGCGCUGGCCGCCAGGCUGUGUCUUCCCCCGCCCGCUUCCAGGCCUCUCUCUGCUGGUGCUCGUCGGCUGGGCACGAGGCGGAGCCGAGGAGCGCGACGCGUGCUGCCAACGUGCCGGGGCUGAGGCGGCGGCCACGGACAGAUGGAGCCCGACGGCGCGCAGACCACAAAUCAGACGCAAACAGAAUCUUUAUCUUCAUGUCCCAACACUGUGUCACCAGUGCCAUUAAAUAAUCUGACCGGUGCUCCCAGGUUUGGAACAGUUACUCCAAAUCGCGUCUUUGUAGGAGGAAUUGAUUUUAAGACUAAUGAAAAUGAUCUGAGGAAGUUUUUUGCUCAGUAUGGCAGUGUGAAAGAAGUGAAGAUAGUAAAUGACAGAGCUGGAGUAUCAAAGGGGUAUGGCUUCAUUACUUUUGAAACCCAAGAAGAUGCACAGAAGAUUUUACAAGAGGCUAAAAAACUUAAUUAUAAGGAUAAGAAAUUGAAUAUUGGCCCAGCAAUAAGAAAACAACAAAUACGGAGUCCUCGUUCUAGUGUAAUACCAGAAGCUGGUACGAUGUACUUAACUACUUCAAGUGGAUAUCCUUAUAUUUACCAUAAUGGAGUGGCUUAUUUUCAUACGUCUGAAGUUGCUUCUGUUCCACAGCCGUGGCCAUCGCGCUCUGUUUCCAGUUCACCUAUGAUGGUAGCUCAACCAGUUUAUCAGUCUCCUACAUACCAUUAUCAGGCACCAACACAGUGUCUUCCAAGUCAGUGGCAGUGGUCUGUUCCACAGUCUCCUGCCUCUUCACCUUCAUUCUUGUAUCUGCAACCAUCUGAAGUUAUUUAUCAGCCAAUAGGGGUUACUCAGGAAAGCGGAUGUAUACCUCCACCUCUCCUAGUGGAAGCUGCAGUUCCUGAGCUGUAUUCUGAUCAUGGAGUUCAAGCACCACAUCACCAGCCUUAUGCCCAGAGUGCCAUAGCCAUGCCUGCACCUACACUAUGGAGCAUUCACUAUUAAGCCAUUUGGGCAGCUCUAGUCUACCUGUACUGAUUUUCUUGUCCAGUCCUUCCCAUGUGGCUGAGAUCCAUCAUCAACAUACCAGCUAGCAGCUGCCUGUUGUGAAACUUGGGGUCAGUUGUUUCAUUGCAAUGCUUGCUAUUUACAAAUUGCUAAAUAAUAAAACAUGCUCGGAUAGAAUUUAGUAUAGUCUGCAGUACUACUUAGCUGCUUCCUGCAUGUUUGUAAGUUUCCUAACAAUUCUCUUAUGUAAAAUAAACUUUAUAUAAUCCAUGUCAUUCAUUCCUGGGAUAAUAAUGUAUAUAUUAAUUCCAUCAUUAUUUUCUUUCUAGUUCAACUGCCCAAAUUCUCUGUGUGUUUGGAUUAUUUUCCUUCAACAGGGAGGGAAAUUUUCAGUACUUCAAUGUAUGACUUUUGUUUCUGAAAACUGUUUUAAUUCCUUUAUUGACAACUCGGCUUUCUCCCCUUUUCUCCCUAUUUUGUGUGAUUUACAGUGAUUUGUAUUCAUGGAGUUAUACUCUGGCAGGUGCUCAACCAUGCUUUUAUUGUGAAAAAGGUGCUGCUUUUAGUUGCUUACACUUCUUUAAAAAAUGAGGAUUUUAAUAAAAUGAAGCCGGGGAAGAAUAUAUG